AUGGCGUUCGCAACGUGUCGCUAUAUGGUCGAGGAGGACUGCGAGGACUUCUCCGAUGUGCCGCUGAAGCUUCACUCGUUCCUGGAGUUCUUGGAUGUGGGGCUGCCCUCCACGGACGGCAGCAACACUGAGCAGCACGUCUCCUCCAACGUAUCGGAGACGAGCGAGGGGGCGUGGCUGGAGUCUGACAUCCGUCACUCGCUGCCAGGCGCGCCGUUGAAGGCUGCUGCGGACCGCCUGCGCCAGUGCUACUGCCUCGACAAUGCCCACUGCAUAUGCGGGCAGUUCGUUCUCCCACCCCUGCUGAUGCGCCAUGCCGCAGGCGCUCUGCCUCCGCUGACGCACAGUCUGGCGACCAGCGGCUCCGAGGCGGAUGCCGUCGACGCCACGUAUACCUCGUCCACCGCAACAAUGACCUCGUUUGGUGAGCCGAUUUACAUCUCGCUGUGCCCCAACCCUGUGAAGCUCGCGGCGCCCGUGCCGGUGAUGUCGCUGACGACGAUGCCCACGGCUUCCACGAGCACGACAACGACGGGGUGCCGAUGUUGA